AAGACAAGUACAGUUGGAGUAGGGGUAGGUUAGCUGGUUGCACGAAGUCCUCCUCAGUUAUCACGCUCCACCUCACCACUUUCUCUCCCUGUUUUUGUCUUGUUUUUCCCCGGACUCUCUGCUUACUAGCCCCCCAAUCAAUACAUCUCAAUCAAUUAUUCAUACAUAUCUCCAUACAAAUACAAAACCCCUUGAUUAGUUUGCCUUCUCUGUCUUCAUUCUCAUCUGGGAGCUUUGAAAAGACAUCAGAAAUUCAAAAUAAGAAGUAACCAGAAGUGUGUUGAUCGUUGCAUAUAAUUAUUGCUUAAAGAUGGCUCCUGGAGGCAGUAUUUAUCAGGACAUUUCUGAGUCUUGUGUUACAUCAACUGAUUAUGAUGUAGAACCUGCAAAUCUGGAAUACAGAGGUUCCCCUUGCCAGAAAUCAAAUGCUGUUAAUGGUAAAGGCACAAUGGCGUCGAACAGUGCCAUGCAUGACCUACUUGACUGUCCUGUAUGCAUGAAUUCAAUGUAUCCUCCCAUCAAUCAGUGCCCCAAUGGUCACACAUUAUGUCACAGCUGUAAGGCUCAGGUACAAAACAUUUGCCCUAUUUGUCGCCAUGAACUUGGAAAUAUUAGGUGCUUGGCUUUGGAGAAAGUUGCAGAGUCACUAGAAUUGCCAUGCAAGUACAAGUUUUUGGGCUGUGAAGGUAUAUUCUCCUACCACAGCAGGCUCAGGCAUGAACAAAGUUGCAGAUAUCGCCCAUAUGAUUGCCCUUAUGCCGGAGCUGAAUGCCCUAUUACUGGUGAUAUCAUGUUCCUUGUUAAGCAUCUUAAAGAUGAUCACAAUGUUGACAUGCAUGAUGGAAGCACCUUUAAUCACCGGUAUGUCAAAGCUAAUCCUCACGAGGUGGAGAAUGCUACAUGGAUGUUGACUGUUUUCAACUGUUUCAACCAUCAGUUCUGCUUGCAUUUUGAGGCUUUUCAUAUAGGAAUGGCUCCUGUUUACAUGGCUUUCCUUCGUUUCAUGGGAGAUGAUCAUGAUGCAAAAAAAUUUAGUUAUAGCCUAGAAGUUGGUGGAAAUGGCAGGAAAUUGACAUGGCAAGGGGUCCCGAGGAGCAUUCGUGAUAGUCAUAUAACAGUUCGAGAUAGUCUAGAUGGACUCUGUAUCCAAAGGAGCAUGGCACUAUUUUUUUCAGGUGGUGAUAGACAGGAGUUGAAACUCAAAGUAGCUGGCCGUAUAUGGAAAGAACAGCUAUAAAUUUUAAUCAGUAUGUGAAACCUCUUCAGUUACAAGUAAACUUCCACAUUCAUGUAUAUAUUCCUUGGUUUAAGUGGUUUUUAUAUUUUUUUUGAA